UGUUUAUGUAUCAAUCAUUCAAUCUACAACCUAUUUGAAUUCUGAAAAGCCUCUGCUGCAGCAAAAAAGAAGUGUGGUGUUCUUCAUAGAUGCAGGACAGACGCAUGGAUCAACAACAACAGGGUGAUGAUAAGAAUCUGACUGUGUUCAUAGGACCCUGGGGAGGAAAUGGAGGAACUGCUUGGGACGACGGGAUCUAUCAUGGUGUCCGUGAGAUCAAACUUGUUUAUGAUCACUGCAUUGACUCCAUCUCGCUGGUCUACGAUAAGAAUGGUAAACCUGUACGUUCAGAGAAGCAUGGAGGACAGGGAGGCAACAAAACAACAGAGAUAAAGCUGCAGUACCCAGAAGAGUAUCUGAUUGGCGUGAGUGGUUACUACUGUCCAGUAGUUCACGGUGGCACUCCUGUGAUCAGAUCAAUGACCUUCAAGAGCAAUAAACAAGUGUACGGACCUUAUGGAGUUGAACAAGGAACACCUUUCACUUUCUCAGUGAAUGGAGGACGCAUUGUUGGCAUGAACGGUAGAAGCGGCUGGUACCUUGACUCCAUCGGCUUCCAUCUCUCACGCCCUAAAUCAACCAAAGUGAUCAACAAGCUUAGAAAGAAGAUUCACUGGUUCACAAGAAUGGUAGCAUGAUAAGGCCUUCUGCCAAUAAUAUAAUAUUUCUGCAUACAGUAUUACACUAAACUCAGUGAAUAAGGAUAUUACUUUUUUGUUGCACAUACUCAUAUCGAAAUCAUAUCAUAGAAAUGGUAAAUACAAGAAAACACACGAAGGUUUUAUAUAAAGUUAGUAAAAAAAGCAUGUCUCAAAGUGAGCAAUAUACACAAAUGCGCAAGUGUUGGCAGAUAAUAGCUGUAACAUUUUGAUAAGGACCAAGCAUGGUAGUUG